AUGCGUGGGCAAUUGGAAGAGAUCCUGCAUAUUGGCAUGAUGCUGAAAGUUUUAUGCCAGAGAAGUUUGCUGAUAGUUGAAUUGAUAUCAAAGGGACUCACUUUGAAUAUAUCCCUUUUGGGGCAGGGAGGAGGAUGUGCCCAGGAUAAAAGAUCCAAACUUGAGAAAUUGCCCCCGGGGCCAUGGAAGUUACCCCUUAUAGGAAAUUUGCACAACUUGGUAGGUUCACUACCACACCGUGCUCUCAGAGAACUAGCCAAGAAACAUGGACCUCUCAUGCACCUACAAUUGGGUGAAGUUUCUGCAGUUGUGGUGUCAUCCCCCAUGAUGGCCAAAGAGUUCAUGAAGACACAUGACCUUGCCUUUGCGCAAAGGCCACUAUUUCUUUCCCCUAGAAUUUUCACCUAUGGUGGCUCAGAUGUUGCCUUUUCUCCAUAUUGUGAUUACUGGAGGCAAAUGCGAAAAGUCUGCGUCUUGGAACUCCUAAGUGCUAAGAGGGUUCAGUCCUUCUCUUCUCUUAGAGAAGAAGAGGUUGAUAAUCUCAUUGACUCCAUCCACUCAUCUUCAGGAUCUCUAAUCAAUUUUAGUGAACAUAUUUUCACUUUGACAAGUAGCAUUAUAUCUAGAGCAGCAUUCGGUAGCAAAUGCAAAGACCAAGAUGCAUUUCUAUUGUUGGUCAAGGAAAUGAUAUCCUUGGGAGGAGGCUUUGAGUUGGCUGAUUACUUCCCUUCACAAACAUUUGUUCAUGUGAUUAGUGGGAUGAAAGCUAAACUAGAGAAGAUUCAUAGCAAGAUUGACAAGAUCCUGGAGAACAUCAUCGAUGAGCACAGGGAGAACCAGACGAGUGCAUCAGCAGAGCAGGAAGAUCUUGUUGACGUCCUUUUAGGCCUUCAGCAAAGUGGUACAGCACUUGAGUUCCCAAUCACAACCAACAACAUCAAGGCUGUCAUUUUGGUUAGUAUUUCUGCUUGA